CCUGGGGCUGUCUGUACAGUGGGAGCUUUGAAUUUACUUGCUCACAGAGUAUUCCAGCCUGGAUUAGCACAGGUUUCUGGUGAUAAUGUCUACAGACAAAAAUCUGGAUGUUUUUUUGAAAAAUGUUGAUGAAAUCGCUCAUAUUAUAGAAUGUCUAAAUUCCACAGAUGAAUCUUGUAGAAAGGAUGCAUUUCUUAAAGCAGACAAAAGUCUUGCUGUGUUAAAGGAUGAGGAAGAUAUUGAAGGAACAAGAACAAAGGAGAAUAGGACCUGCAUUAAUAAAUCUUCUUGACACAUGAUAGCUCAUGUUGCAUUUUUUCAUCUGCGCAAAAAGAUUUGGAUUUCUCAUUAUUGUGUGUCCUCAGAUAACUUCCUACAAGAGCUUGAACAAGAUGCAAAACAACGGGCAGAAAAACGCAAAGAGAACCAAACGCUCGCAAAAGCACUUAAAGAUUUGGGGAAUGAGGCAUUUGCAAAAGGAGACUAUGAGACUGCAGUUCAGCGCUAUACUGAAGGACUGGAAAAACUCAGAGACAUGCAGGUGUUAUAUACAAAUCGCGCUCAGGCUUAUAUAAAAUUGGAAAAAUACCACGAAGCUAUAUUAGAUUGUGAAUGGGCUCUAAAGUGCAAUGAAAAGUGCAUUAAGGCCUAUGUACAUAUGGGGAGAGCUUAUCUGGGACUGAAAGACUACAAUAAGGCUAGAACAUGCUAUUUGAAGGUCACAGAGAUAGACCCCAGUCAGGAAAAGCUGGUGAAAGGUUAUCUGGAUAAGGUUGACUCCCAGGAGAGAAAACACAAUCAGGAACAAAAAGCUCUAAGGGAAUGUGAGGCUGGGAAGGAAAGUGCGGUAACGGUAGCUCAUCUAAUCCAGAAACUUUCUAGAGAAGAUAACAUUCCACUCUAUUAUUCUGGAGGCAUCAAACUACUGAUUGAAGUAGUCUUGGACUGUACAGGACAGACGUUAUUCCGAAUGAAUAAUGGAUUUGAUAUAAUUGGAAAUAACAAAGUUAUAAACUGGAGUCUGCACUCAGCACUAGAAGAUGAUAUCCAUAAAGAUCUUCGUCUAUCUGUUCUUACCCUCUGGAAGACUGUCUGCAAUGAAAAUGAAGAGAACCAGUCCUUGUUGAUCAGUCGACCUAGUGUAAACAAGCAAAUCCUUACGAUGCUUUCCUCAAAGGAUCCCGAUGUUCAAAGAGAUACACUUGCCCUGCUUAGUGUUUAUACCAUGACAGAGAGAGGAAGGUCUCUUCUUCUCGAAAAUACAGAUGCUCCCAGAUUGUUGCAGAUACUUCUAGAAUAUGUGAUGCUCUUGGAUGUUAGAGCAAACCUUGCCAUUGAUCUACUUUAUAAUCUAACACUGGAGGAAAGGUUAAAAGUCAACUUCCGAGAAAACUUUUCUUCAGCAUUAUUGCCGUGCAUAACUGGUGUGCUGAGCAAGGUUCAGCUGGUCGGUAAGGAACUGUUUCCACGAUGUAUCAGUGUUAUAGGAAAUCUGAUUGAAGACCAAUACAUAAGGAAGCAGAUGGCUGGUUCUCUCGAAUGUUGGGACUCCUGCUUGUCUGUGGUGGAUGAAUGUAGUAUGCAUGAAGAAGAGAAUAGACACAUUUUAUCAGCCUUGCUUGGCCUCAUGUUAAACAUGUCAUUGGAACAGAACGGAGCCAUCCAGGAACGAGCCAUGGAUAUAACAUCCAGGUGUAUACAACUGUUAUGCAGCAAAGAUGGUGUUUUUCUUACAAGAAGUGUGGGAAUUUUGAGCAGGGUCCUCCCACAAUGCACAGCGGCAGUGCAGCAUGCAGUUCAAGGAGGAGUUGUCAAGAAGCUCAUCAAACUUUUGAAGGCUGGUGGCCAGAGAACAUCAGUCUAUGCGGUGAAGGCUCUUGCUGUGUGUGCCAAAGAAUAUACUCAGGCAAGGAAAGAUGUGUUCAGAUAUGAUAAGAAUUUUAGCACUUUACUGAAGCUCUUGAGUUGUGAAGAUGAGAUGAUUGUCGGGAAUGCUGCUCUCUGUUUGGGAUACUGCUUCGAAGUUCCAGGGGCAGCUUCCUCUCUGCUGAAAUCUGAUAUUCUGAAGCUUUUGCUAACUCAUGCUAAAGAAGAAGGCAAGACCACUAAAGUACAGGAGAACGCUGCAAUAGCCCUCGGAAAGCUGUGUACUGCCGAAUCCAGGUAUAUUUUCCAACUUCGUGAACUUCAUGGAAUUGAAAUUCUCAACUCCUGUAUGAAGUAUAUCAAGUGAAACUUAUGUUAUUUGUCCAACACCUCCACAGUGUUAAUAAAAUGAAAAAUCCCCUCUCCCAAAGAAUCCCCUCUU